AUUUGUGUUAUGAUUUAGAGAGUAUUUGCAGCUCGAAUCUAGAGCAACAGUACAAAUGGAAUAUGAGGAAUGGAAUAGAAGGUUUAUUGAUUGGUUUAAAACUAAAGUUGCAACGCUACAAAAACAUGACAAUCGUAAAAUAGUAGAGGAAUUGGUCUCUUUGUCACGUGGUCCUUCUCAAUCUGUUUGUUGCUUUAAUGGUUAUGUUGUGAAUGGUUAUAAGUUUCGUGUAGAAUGUCAUGAUGAAGGAUUUAGGACACAAAAUUGUGGGGUGGUUAUGACUGCUGACAUUGGUUCUGAAAUGGGAAACAUAGAUUAUUCUGGAAUCUUAACUGAGAUUAUUGAGUUGCAGUAUCUAGGUGGUAGAAAGGUGGUAUUGUUUCGUUGCAAAUGGUUUGAUGUGCAUGAUAAUGAAAUGGGAGCCAAAGUUGAUGAGUAUGGUUUGACUAGUAUUAAUUGUAAUCGACUGUUAAAGACGAAUGAGCCAUUUGUCUUGGCAUACCAAGUAUCCCAAGUGUUUUAUGCGAUUGACAAUAUCAAUAAAGCGUGGCAGGUUGUUUUGAAAACACAUCCACGUGAUUCUUAUGACUUGCCUUUACAAAUGGAUGACAAUUGUGAUGAGAUGGACAACGUUAGUGAGACAUAUCAAUAGAAGGAAUCAUUUAGUUAUAAAGAGACAACUCCCAUGUCAACUGCAAUAAAUAAUGAAAUCAAUUGGGUGAAGGAAAAUGUGGAGCCUAUGCAGGUUGAAGUAGUGACUAAAAAAAAGAAAAGAAAAAGAAGAUGUUAGAAAUUUCGUUGCAUUAAAAGUAUAAAUUAAAUUGUUUUUUGUUCUCUUUCAUACAGGUUUACAUAAAUGAUGCAAAUGUCCAAAGUUGUAAAAAGAUCGAUGUUAAAGACCAACAAGUUUAUAGCCCCUUUUAGAAUGACAAAUGAUAAUCCAAGUUUUGAACCUCCAAAGGCAACAAAUGUUAAGAUACAUGGUGAUCUAAAGGAAAACAAUAAAAUAACCAUUAUCGCAGACGUUAAUGGAGGGGUUGAAGUUGUUAGUGUAGUUCAGUGGUAUAAAACCACGACUAUUGAAUUAGAUAUUCAAAAUGGUCUUGAAGAAAUUAGCAUGUGUACUACUGAAAAGGAAUUUCUCUUGCCAAUAGGAGUUUCUGGAUAUUACAUUGUUGCAAAGUAUACUCCUAUGACUUUUGAUGGUAAAUCUGGUGAACCAGUGUUUGUUACAUCCGAAAAUGUAGUUGAAAGUGAAAUUUAUACUCAAAAAAGGAAAGUUCGAGGAAAAAAUCAUAACGAAAAAGUAUCUGGUCUAAAAAAUGGAGAAAAACUUCCAAUUGUCUUCUACAACAAUCGAGCAGUGGAAGAGAAUCAUCAAUCAUGGCAAGGCACUUAGGAAGAAUUGUGCGUAAUCCAAACAUUUGUCCUAUACGAGUGAAAUCUUGGAAAGAAAUUGGAAAGAAAGAGAAAGAUCAUAUGUGGGAAUCUGUAAAGGAUAAAUUUGAGAAUCCUGACAUUGAGUUGUAU